GGGUGGAGCCACACCAUGCAUGUAAACAAUGUGGAGCCGCUGGGACUGGGUGCCGUGGUUAGUGCUCGCCGAGAUCUGCUUGGGUCUAGUUGGCGGUGUGAGUGGCAACACAGCGGGGCACAUCCGAACAGUGGUGCUCAGUGUUCGGCUCCUUGCACCGCCAGCAGCAAGCAGCGUGGACACUGUGAGAGGCAGCUUGUUCCGACGCCCGCCCGCUCCUCCCGCCCACAGCCUGCAAGCAGAGGAGAUCCAGACAGCAUGAAAGUGUACUUACAACUGGCGGUGUUACUCCUGGUGGUGGUGAUCAUCGCUGCGGAGGCAGAGAAACCGCCGCCAAAGAAGGGAAAGGAUGGGAAAGACAAGGAGAAAGAAGGACCUUGCAAAGCCAAGAAAAAGAAGGUGGAAGAGAAGAAAUGCCCUGGGAAAGAUUGUGACGACCCCUGUGAGAUAGAGAAAGGCCCCAAGAAGAAAGUCUGCUACGGAAACAUGCUGCUGUCCAAAAUACAGAAAGAAAACUUGAAGAGAAUAGAAAAAAUCCUGAGUCUGAAUGCCACUGACAAUAAUUACUUGGUCACCUUCAUGGUAAAGUCAGGCAAGAGGCAGGGGUACACGGCGUUGUUGUGGGCUGCGGAGAAGAACAGCACUGUGAUGAUGGAGAUGCUGCUCAACGCGUCUUCCAGAGUCAACCACCAGAGCUCCUCAGGUAUCUCGGCACUCUUCCUCGUCGUUCGGAAUGGAAACAUGGAGUGUGUGGAGAUGCUGCUGCGGAGAGGCGCCAAGCCAGACCUGAAGACCGAGUCAGGUUACACAGCUCUCCUUAUCGCCGUGUGGAACAGAUUCCCAGACAUCGUGAAAAUUUUACUGGAUAACAAAGCUAGCCCAAACACAACCACGCCCGAUUCACAUUACUCAGCGCUGUACCUGGCUGCGAGGAACGGAGACCUGGACAUCGUGAAGUAUCUGACGGAGGCUAAAGCUUAUCUCGACGUGGUCACCUCUUGGGAUGUGACUCCUGUACACGUCGCCACCUACUGGGGCCACGAGAAGAUAGUAAAACAUCUCCUGGAUAGCGGCGCCGAUCCCAACCUUCAGGAAAAGGAUGGCUACACGAUGCUGCACAAGGCUGUCUACUACAACUACCCGGGCAUCGUGGAUCUAGCGCUGGGGGCAGGAGCGAAGGUCGACACACAGAGCAAGAACGGGUACACGGCUCUCAUCCAGGCUGUACGCAGCGGCAGGGUCAAGAUGGUUGAAAAAAUAGUGGACGCAAAGCCCAACCCUGACUUAAAGGAAAAGACAGGUAAGACGGCGCUCCACUGGGCGGCGAGAUCCCAAGGGGUGGAGGUGGUGCAAGCCCUGCUGAAGACCUGCCCUGACGCCAAACUUGAGGACAGAGAUGGACGCACGCCGCUGGACAUCGCCAAGCGCCAUAACAAAAAAGUAGUAAAAAUAAUUCAAGAUUACGAAGCCAACCCCAAUUGUUAGGUGCCUGGCUGCAGCACCCCGCCCACUCGUACCACCCUUCGUGAUGAGGCCUGUUUGUCCCGCCACCCCGCUGCCUCGCCACCAUGUCUCACCUGCCAGGGAAGGGAGCAGUCAGUGUGUCCUGUGCAUAGAAUUCCUUUAGUGUUCCAUCCGAGGCAGCGCCUCAUGACUUAUCGCGGCGUCUAGUCAGUCAGUCGAUCAUCACCAGGAAUUUCUGCUGCUAACAUUUUCUAAUCAAGGUUUCAUGGGAUAACUUUACCAUUAUUUUUACAAUUGAAAUGGUGUCAAUAGUAAUGCUGAUUAAUAUGCCUGGAAUAAGAGGGAAGUCUCACAUCAAGAAUAUGACAUUCUUAAUUUUACUGCGGAGCCUUUCAAUUAUUAAACUGCCUUAUCUAGGUUCGCAGUUUAUCUUAGAAAUACUUUGAUUGUGUAUAACUUAAAAAAAAAAAAAAAAAAAAAAAAUAUAUAUAUAUAUAUAUAUAUAUAUAUAUAUAUAUAUAUAUAUAUAUAUAUAUAUAUAUAUAUAUAUAUAUAUAUAUAUAUAGGUAAAAUUCCGAGACAACCUGUGGGUAGGUGUCUGGGAACGAUCAUCUCUUUAGACUUCCAAACCAUGACUGCGAAGACCACAAGUGUGAAUUGAGUUGGUGGAAUAUCCAAACACCUGUAAUAUACGUGUCUUCAAAUCAAGCAAAGCCUGCCCUCCGCUUUCAUCUUGGCUGGGUGGGAAGUUUAGGGCACGUCACCUGCGGCCGCUUUAUUCACCAAAACCUUCCUCAGUAUUACAUACAUUUAAUUUAGCAUAUGUGCCUUACUUUUAUAACCUAAUGAAUUCUCAUAGACAUAUCGGUACGUGUUAGUGCGAAGUAGUAUUGCAAGAAACGGGUGCUUGUAUAGAGCUGUGGAGGUGGGUAAUGCGAGCAGCACUGUUCAUUUUUCACUGUUCAGUGUGGCCAGCCUGGCUGUUGAGCCCCGAGAAUAAUAAUGUCAGACACUGAGUGAAGGAAAUACACCGCUGAACUGAACAUAAUUGUACAGAUUAUAUUACUCUGAAUCAAAAUCAUGCUACGAGUAGAUGUUUAUCUAGGAAAACUUAGAAUAAUUCUUUGUAUCCUUUGUAUCCAUCUUGAAUGUUAAGUUCGCUUGAAGUAUAUGUAGGUAACACUGACCAGUGCCUUUGCACGUGUACAGUGUAUUUACCUAGUUGUAGUUUUACAGGGCCUGGGCUUUAUAUAUGCUCGUGUGGUCCCGUCUCCAUAUCUACACUUAUCCAAUUUUUCUUUAAAACUAUGUGUGUGUGUGUGUGUGUGUGUGUGUACUGUACGUAUAUAGCUAUCUAUAUUGUAUACAUCAUAUCAUAGCUACCUAAACUCAAUAAACAUGCAAUGCUACA